AUGGCUGUUCAGGCAGAUAGUUCUCAGAAAGGUCAGGAUGUGCUUGACGAGGAGCAAUACAACGAGGAGGAGGACGAAGACUUCAGCCCAGGGCUGAGCAAGCAGAGUGAGCAAGAGGAUGAAGACGAAGAGGAGGCUUACCAGCUGGAGCAAGAGGAAAGCGGUUCUGUGAAGAAGGGAACGGAUGGGUACGACUACUCUCAUAUAGAGAGCGAAUCGGGAGGUCUGAUUCGGACCCGAAGAGGUAGGUUGCUGGAGGAACAGCUGAAUGCGAAGAGAAAAUACGAAGGAUUGCAGGCUGGCACGAUAUCGGAAUCUGUGAACGAUAUUUGGGAAGAGUUGCAGCAGAUAACACACAAGAGACUCAAGGAUCGCGCGUUCUGCGGAUCGGUGCUGGCGGAUGGCGGUGAUAUGGGGCGAGGAAGCCAGCAGGAGGAGCAGAUACUGAUCAAGAGAGAUUACAAAUUCGCAGGCGAAGUUUUUCACGAGGAGAAGAUGGUCCCGAUCUCUAGUUCCGAGGCACAGGAGUAUCUGAAGAGCAAGAGUGCCGAGAAGGACGCUGAAGAGCGUCUGAAGGCCGAGGCGAAUGAGCAGUCCCGUGGUUUGCCAGAUAAUGAAAAGGACCGUAGGCGACUGAGGAGGCCUCUCAAGCGGCCGCCGUACCUGGAACAGAUCAUUGCAGGGUCUUUGAAGCCCAAGUUGACCACCCUGGAAAAAUCGAGUUUGGACUGGGCUGCUUAUGUUAAUAAGGAGGGUCUUACCGAUGAACUGACGUUGUACAACAAGGACGGUUACUUGGCGAAACAGGAUUUCUUGAAUCGUGUCGAGAUGGCGAAAGACGACAAGUAUAGAGAGCUGCGACAGAAACAGCUGGCAGCCCAAUUACAAGAGCAACAGUGA